UUUGAGAAGAUCCGUGCCAAACUUGCUCCUGCUCUUUGAAAGCGGGCUUGCCAGCCUUCACCCACGGCCUGUCCUCGCGGAUAGUUUCACGCGGCUCUCGUGGGAGCCGCUCUCUGGACGUUUGAGACUCGGUGGAAAACUUUGGAGAGUGGAGUGGGAGGAAGAAAAAAAAAAAAAAACGGGGGAGAAGAAGACAGACUACCGCCGGGUAGAGCGAUACCAGCGGCAGCGCGACUGAACUUCCACCAGCGAGUCCGACAGAGGGCACCGGGAGGAGGAGUCAACAGGUCCCAGAGCGUAGGAGUCGCUAUCAAUUCAAACGGGACGUUUCUUUGGCGAAGGACGUGGAGGCUGACGUUUUUGGGGCGCAGAGGAGACCAGACUAAGGAGAGCAACUCUUUCAUGGCAUCAUGUGAUCUGCACAUUCCCUUGGCACGCUCUACAGUGGAGAAGUGAAUGUGCAUGCUUGUGAAAGCGUCCCGACCACUAGAAGCCCCUUAUCGCCACUAUCGCUACUCCUCUGUGCCGCCAUCAAAGUCUCGUCUUCGUGACUCAACUUGCCUCCUCUCUCUGCCUUCGUCUUGAAGAUAAAGAAUGGCUGCGCUGCUUCCCUGCCCCUCCAACGCCUCCUGCAAAUAAGGCCUUUUGGCUUGUUGAACAAUACGUGAUAAAGGAGGCAUAAAGGGCCUUUUUAGAUUUCUGCUCCGUGUGUCUUUUUAUCUUUUUGUGCGCGCUAAGUCAGCCCUGAAGACACACAUACGCGUAGCGACUAAACAAACAGGAUUUUUGUCCUGCUGACAUCUACAGGAGGUGUUGUCUGAACUUUUUUAACCUCAGGAGGAUUAUUUUACAAACUCGACCUGGCAGUCUUUUGGAAUAUCUACUGACUGGGCCUCUCUAUGGGGGAUUAAAUCCUCCCAGGAACCCGCACUGCCUCCUCUUUGGCCCAGCCACAUCUCGUCAGAAGGGUUUGCUUCACCGCCUUUUUUUUCGGGAGCGAGCCAUCAUGGCCGGGAAGGGCAACCCGGUGCCGGGCGGACACCUGAACGGCUUCCCCAUGCCCGCCUACUCCUACUUCUUCCCCCACAUGUUGGGGAGCAUGUCGCCUCCAGCCCUGUCUGGGCUUCCCCUCAGUGGAUACAGCACCCCCUCCCCAGCUACAAUAGAGACCCAGAGCACCAGUUCAGAGGAGAUAGUGCCAAGCCCGCCCUCGCCUCCCCCGCCGCCCCGCGUCUACAAGCCCUGCUUUGUGUGCCAGGACAAGUCCUCAGGGUACCACUAUGGUGUCAGCGCCUGUGAAGGCUGCAAGGGAUUCUUCCGGAGAAGCAUCCAGAAGAACAUGGUGUACACUUGUCACCGAGAGAAGAACUGCAUCAUCAACAAAGUCACCCGCAAUCGCUGCCAGUACUGUCGGUUACAGAAGUGCCUGGAAGUCGGGAUGUCUAAAGAGUCGGUGAGGAACGACCGGAACAAGAAGAAGAAGGAUGAGAAGAAACAGGAGUGCACGGAGAGCUACGUGCUGAGUCCUGACACGGAGCAGAUGAUCGACAGGGUCCGCAAGGCCCACCAGGAUACUUUCCCCUCUCUCUGCCAGCUGGGCAAAUACACUACGACUAACAGCUCAGAAAGGCGCGUCUCCCUGGACGUAGACCUGUGGGACAAGUUCAGCGAACUCUCCACCAAGUGCAUCAUAAAGACGGUGGAGUUUGCCAAGCAGCUGCCGGGCUUCACCACACUCACCAUCGCCGACCAGAUCACUCUGCUCAAAGCUGCCUGUCUGGAUAUUCUGAUAUUGCGGAUCUGUACACGUUACACACCAGAGCAGGACACCAUGACCUUCUCAGAUGGACUCACGUUAAAUCGAACCCAGAUGCACAAUGCCGGCUUCGGUCCCCUCACUGACCUGGUCUUUGCCUUCGCCAACCAGCUCCUACCUCUGGAGAUGGAUGAUGCCGAGACGGGGCUUCUUAGCGCCAUCUGCUUGUUGUGUGGAGAUCGGCAGGACUUAGAAGAAGCAGACAAAGUGGACAUCCUGCAGGAGCCCCUUCUGGAGGCGCUGAAGAUAUAUGUACGGAAGAGGAGGCCCCACAAACCCCACAUGUUCCCCAAGAUGCUGAUGAAGAUAACUGAUCUGAGAAGCAUCAGUGCUAAAGGAGCAGAGCGUGUCAUCACACUGAAGAUGGAGAUCCCUGGAUCCAUGCCGCCUCUCAUCCAGGAGAUGCUAGAGAAUUCAGAAGGACUGGAGAGCGGAGCUGCAGGCAGCCGGCCCAGCGGCGCCCCCCCUGGCAGCUGCAGUCCCAGCUUGUCCCCCAGCUCGGCCCAAAGCAGUCCAGCCACACAGUCGCCGUAGUAGCGGACCUCUCGUUUCUGUUGUUUUUUCUCUUCAUGUCAUCUCCUCCCAUACUGUUCUGAACAGAAGGGGGCAAAGGAGGUGGGCUUUGAUCCUAACUGCUGAUCACAGGAGACUGGCAGAGCCACCUCCUUUUCUUCAACGCCUCCCGACACAAGUCCACAUCUCCUGAUCUGCUUGCUGUCACUGUGGAACACUGUCCGGACAGGAGGGGGGCGGGGGCGGAGCCGCAACGGCCCGGAAUGGCCGCAGGCCUCGGAGAUGUCGCGCCGUAAACACUGCUGAUGCCUCCUCCUCCCUCCUCUCUCCUCUCAUCCCUUCACCUUCCUCAGAUAGACAGAUGGAAACAGGACCGGAUGCAGCGGCUUGUUCUGACCGAGCGAGGGCAGCACACCGGGACGAAGGCAUGGACGGGGAAAAGGACGAUGACUGACUAGACAGACGCUUUGUUGCUGUUUCUCUGAGGCAGGCUACAACUUUGGAGCUCACUGGGAGACCCCACUCCUCAAAAGACUUUGGGUCUUUCCUCUUUUUUUUUGUCAUUUUCAAACAAAAGCAACCAGAUUUUGUACAAAAGAUAUAUAAAUAUAUAUAGAAGAAUUAAGGAACUAUCGUGAUUGGCGUUUUGGGGGAGAGAACUGUAGGUUGGAACAUGGACAAGUUUACCGCGCUGAGAUUAGAACUUGUUGUACUCCGUCACUGUUUGAAUCUUUUUCAUACCUAUCAAAGAAUAAUGAGAGACGUUUCAGUUUCACAUUUGUAUAUUAUUCUUAAUAACAAAAAGGAAGAAAAAAAAAAGAUGUUGACAUUUCUCUCGAGUCCUACACCAACACAAAAACCUGCACAGAAAACAAUGAAUAUCACCCACUAUUCCAGGUUGGAUUUGUUUUCCCUUUAAUCUUUUGUUUUCUUGUGUUUUCCUCCAAGAGAAUGGAAAAAAAAAACCUGAUUGUAUGAACUUGGUUGUAUGAUAUUGUCACAGGUCCUUUCAAGAAAUCAAAUUAAUGAAGAGUCAUUAUUAAGGUGUAUUUUAAGUGGCUUUGAGUUUGUGUAUAUAAGCUGUAUUCAUUUCUUUAAAACUAUGAAGAGUUUUAGGCCUCACCUGAUUAUUUUUUUUAAUUCCUCUUAUGUGUUAUGUUCUAGUUUUUGUGGUUCAAGAAAAUACAUUUUUGAGCACAUUUUACUGAAGGAAGUUCUUUCAUGUUUUGUGUCCUACUAAAGUAACGGACGAGCCCUUCACCGAUCACUGGCUGUUCAGAAUGUCACCUUCACACACAAUUUAAACAUCUGCCCCCUUCAGUUUGAAAGCUGUGUCUUUUCAUUAUGUACAGUAGGAAAACGAGGCAUGGGCCGCUGUGCAUUUUUUCCCCUGUGGGAGGGAAUAAUGCUACGAUAUCAAACGUAUUUGCACAAACAUUUCAAGCGGAAAUCUUUGCUACGAUCCCAUUGAUUUUAUUUCAGCUCCAGGCAACUGGUAGUUCUGGGCACAUUUUAGCCGAUGUGGAAAAACAAAAGAUGAACAGCAACACCGUAAUAAAAAGGCAAAUAAAGUCUGAUUUAAAUGGCAGGGAAUAAAAAUUAGUUUUUACCAGAUCCAUUUUUCUUUAUAACUUUUUUUUCUUUUUCCUCAGAGCAAAAAGACUAAUUCACUAUAGUUUAUGCAUAACAAGUAUUGGUUAUUUGGAUUUUGAUACAUGCAUUUGUCCUGAAAUCUGUCUAAACGCCGUGGUAACCAUAGUAACUAAACAGAACAUUAUACCUUCAACACCUAGCCGCUGAUAUCAGCUGAUCUGGGGUCUGCUCAGGUGCUUAGUCGACAGCAGUCAGCUAGUUUACAAACUCUACAGUUAAUUCUUCAUACCCCUGACAGGUUUGCAGUGAAAACCGUUUUUAUUCAGUCCAGUUUUCUGGUAGGAAAAAAGACUUUUCUCGAAAGAUAAUAAACGAUGUAAAAGCGGUAUCAAUUAUGGAGACGAUGAAUAAAAUCUGUUUAUUUAAAUUCUAAUAAAAAUGGCAUGUUGAAAAUGAUCUAUACUCUCAAUGGAAAACUCUUUGUUGUUGUCACAACAAACAAGCCCUACAAGAGCAGCUUCUCUGGUAUUUUGGUGAUUUUAUUUUUGGUGAAUAACUCCCAAGUCUUUGAGGUCGCAAGGCCUCCUCACCAUCACCCUAAUGUUUAGCUCCCUCCACAAACUGUGUAUCAGAUUCGAGUUGGCAUUCUUGCUGGAUAGCUCCAAAAAGUUACAUAUGUUGGUAAAGUGAACAAAAAAAAAGAUUUUAAACCAAAACUGCCUGGUAUAUGAAUAGCUUUAGGCUUAACUGUAGCUUCCACCCAGUGUUACUAUUGUCAUGGUUAUAUUCUGACCCUCAAAUAAGUGAGGUAAAGUGUAAUGGCCUUCUUUCAGCCAGCUGUCUGGUAGUGCACAGAAAUAGGCGGGGGUGGGGUGCUACAUUGCUCUGGCGGCGAAAACUAAGACUGGCCCCUAUUUUCUGUGAAACGAUCCACACCGCUGUCGUCUGGUUCCUCUGGUGCUUUGCCAGGCGAUCCUUCUUAAACCUGUUCUGCUCAGAAGCGUUGACGUUUCUGAUCAAACUGUCCCUGUCUCGACACGUCCGAUGUGUGUUAAAGGCGCUGACUGAUGCGUGUCAGCAGACAGACGCGCCGCGCCCGGUGUCUGCUCCUCUUAUUUUUCAAACCUUGGUAUACAUUAACACCGGUACCUGGCCCAUGCCUGUAGUUAAUAAAGUAAACACUCCUGUUGGA